CAGUCCGCUGCUGGCUGCAGCAGAGUGCGGAGCCUCGGGAAGUCAACAGGAGGAUAGUAACAAGUAGAAACAACGAGGAAGUCUGCACCGGUUAGAGAUCUGACUCCAUCUAAUGAGUCGUGAGUUUAUCGGUAGGGAAUGAGAGUGAAUUUGCCCCUGAGGAGGAGAAGGAGGUCUUGUUUUACCUGAUGGAGCUGAUGGAGAGAGGCAGGGCUGAGUCCGGAGCGCUGUUGAGCAGAGAGCCUCAUUGAGCCUCAGAGAGCUCACUCUACUGACAGGGAGCGGUCUGCUUUAUUCUCACACGACCUGUGUGCAUUUUUUUUUACAGAAGUGAUUCGAGGGCUUUCUCCAGAGGUGGAAAAACAUCCAGGAUUUUUUUUUUUUUUAUUCUUGGUGAUGGAAUUUGGAUGUAACCGGUUUCCACAUGCGUUUGGAAGUGGCUUGAGGUUGCCUCCACAUUAUUAUUAGGGGCGUGUGUGGGUAAUAGAAAUCGAUCCGGUGGUCUCUCUUUUUGAAUGUGAAGCAGCAGUAGAGGUUCUUCCUCCUCCUCCUCCUCCUCCUCCUCUCUCACCUCCAACAUGACUUCACUGUCAGGGACCAAGGAGAGGUCUGUGAGCAGCAGGAGCAGAAAAUAUGGGAUGCCCGACACUUCCCCGACCAAAUCUGCCUCCUUUUUCCCGGACACAUGGUACCGAAAGCCUUACGAGGAAAACGCCCGCUCUGGCACACGCCCCACCCCAGAGGGUGCCGGCUCCAUGCCUAGCUCCACGGGCACCCCGUCCCCAGGCUCAGGAAUUUCCUCACCAGGGUCCUUCUCUGGAUCACCAGGGACCAUCUCUCCGGGGAUUGGGACAGAAUCACCUGGCUCUCUGGGUGGCUCCCCGGGUUUUGGGACGGGGUCGCCGGCCUCAGGCAGUGGAAGUUCCCCUGGCAGUGAGAGAGGGACAUGGUGUGAGAACUGCAACGCUAGACUGGCAGAGCUGAAGAGACAAGCGUUGAAGCUGCUCAUCCCUGGACCUUACUCCAGCAAGGAUCCCUCCUUGUCUCUCCUCCUCCACGAUAAGCUCCAGGUGCCCAACAGUUCUCGGCGGGCGUGGAACGAGCGUGACAGUCGCUGUGAUGUCUGCGCCACCCACCUCACUCAGCUCAAACAGGAAGCCGUGCGCAUGGUCCUCACUCUCGACCAGUGGGAUUUGUCUCCCCCCUCGUCCCCUCCGGGUCUCAUUGGACGAUAUGGAUCUCAAGGAGCUCUGGGUCCGAUGGGAGCAUCCGGAGCACCGGGAGGUCCUGGUUCACGGGAUUGGAUUCCUCCUUUUCUUCCUUCCUCCUCCUCCUCCUCCUCCUCCUCAGCUGCUGCUGCCGUUUCACACCCGUCCUCCCAGUCGCCGUCCCCAAGCCCCAGCCAGACCCCGACGCCCAGCCCGAGCCACGGACCUUCUAACCCCAGCCAUGGGAGUCCCUCAUCCAGCUGUGCUCCCACAAACCCACAACCUCAAGGCCCGGGGCACAGAUUGGGGUCCAAGCCCAGCUCCCUAGGGCUUGGAGGUGGGGUGGACAGAAGGAAUGGGUCCCCCAGUUCGGGAAAAGCUGGUGCCCAACAGCAACCAGUGACUGGAGUAAACAGCCCGGGCAAUAAUAGUGGUAACGGGAGUGGAGCAGUGCUGAGUACAGCAGCUCUGCAGGCCCAUCAGCACCUGAACCGAACUAAUGGAGGAGUUACACUCUAUCCGUACCAGAUCUCCCAGAUGAUCUCUGAGGACUCCAGAGAAAGUCUGACCGAGGCCGCCCUGAACCGUUACAACACACACUCUCCUUCCCACACAAACUCAACGUCAAACACAAACUCUCCCUCUCACACGGCAGCUGUGACCACGACAGCGCCGCCGACCACCACCUCUGCUGCCGCCUCCUUCUUUGCCAGAGCUGCACAAAAGUUGAACUUAGCGUCCAAGAAGAAGAAGCAGAAGACCGCCGCAGUCACGGCCCCAGUGACAUCAUCAUCACCGUCAUGCGACCCUCCUCUGUUCCCCACCAAUUUCAGCUCCGCCCUGUUGAUGGCCCCUCCCCCGGCCCCACCCUGUCUUCUCCGUGCAGCCAACAAAGUCAAAGACACCCCUGGGCUCGGAAAGGUGAAAGUGAUGGUGCGUGUCUGCCCAGUGUCUCAGUCGGACGCAGCUCCAGAGUCCAGUUCCUUCCUCAAAGUGGACCCCAGGAAGAAACAAAUCACCAUCAUGGACCCCUCAGUCAAUCAGUCGCCAAGCGCUGCCUCCCAGAAAAAGGCGGGAGCCAAUCAGGUCCCUCCAAAGAUGUUCACCUUUGAUGCUGCGUUCGCUCCUGAUGCAUCACAGGCGGAGGUGUGCGCGGGAACGGUUGCCGAGGUGAUUCAGUCGGUGGUGAACGGAGCAGAUGGCUGCGUCUUCUGCUUUGGACACUCCAAGCUGGGUAAAUCCUACACCAUGAUUGGCCGUGAUGACUCUCUCCAGACUCUGGGUAUAAUCCCCUGUGCCAUCUCCUGGUUGUUUAAGCUCAUCAAUGAGAGGAAGGAGAAAACAGGAGCUCGCUUCUCUGUUCGCGUCUCUGCAGUCGAGGUUUGGGGAAAAGAGGAGAACCUUAAGGACCUGCUGUCUGAAGUAGCUACAGGCAGUUUACAGGAUGGACAGUCACCUGGAGUCUACCUGUUUGAGGACCCCAUCUGUGGCAUGCAGCUCCAGAACCAGUCUGAACUGCGUGCUCCGACCCCGGAGAAGGCAGCCUGGUUUCUGGAUGCAGCCAUAGCAGCUCGCCACAGUAGCCAACGCCCCAACACCACCGAAGAAGAGCACAGGAACUCACACAUGCUGUUUACGUUACACAUAUACCAGUAUCGCAUGGAAAAGACAGGCAAAGGAGGAAUGUCAGGAGGUCGCAGUCGCCUCCACCUGCUGGACCUUGGCAGCUGUGAUGUCAAAGUACUUGGAGGAGUAGGAGGAGGAGGAGGAGGAGGAGGAGGAGGAGGAGCUGGAAAAAGCAGGGACAACUCUUCACCCAGCUCGGCCCCUCUGUGCCUUUCUCUAUCUGCCCUCGGCAACGUGAUCCUGGCCCUGGUCAACGGGAGCAAGCACAUCCCAUACAAGGACAGCAAGCUGACCAUGUUGCUAAGGGAGUCGCUAGGCAACAUGAACUGCCGGACCACCAUGAUUGCUCACAUCUCUGCCUCACCCAGAGAUUUCUCGGAAACCCUUUCCACCAUCCAGAUUGCUUCCCGCGUCCUCCGCAUGAAAAAGAAGAAAACUAAAGUCACAGUGCAAUACACGUCCAGCUCCUCUGGAGGAGAGAGCUCCUGCGAGGAGGGUCGCAUGCGUCGUCCGACCCAUCUGCGGCCUUUCCAUCACCGCGGUGACACCGACUCUGACCUCCCGUUGCUGCGACUGUCCAGUGACCCUGACGAAUAUUCGAGCAGCGAGCAGUCAUGUGACACGGUGAUCUACGUGGGCCCGAAUGGGGCUGCGGUGUCGGAUAGAGAGCUGACAGACAAUGAGGGGCCGCCAGAAUUUGUACCGAUUAUUCCCGCUUUGCUUCGAGGUAAAACGUCAGAGCAGCAUCAAACACAAAGUCAGGCAGCAGGAGCCCAGAGCAAGGUUCAGUCUCAACCAGAGGACCAACCCAGUGGCCCCUCUCAGCCUCAGCCCUCUCAGUCACUGCUGGGGCAGCCGUUGGCUCCCGUCCCAGAGGAAGGAGCCGAGUGCCUGAAAUGCAACACCUUCGCUGAGCUGCAGGAGAGACUGGGCUGCAUCGAUGGCAGCGAGGAGGUGUCAAAGUUCCCCUUUGAAGAGGUUCCAGCGAGCAAACAAGGAGCCAAACAAGAACCAUGUCCAUCUUCAGCUGUCCCAUCCUCACCUCCUUCUGCACCUGGCUCUCCUGCAGUGUUGGAUACAGAAACCAAAACAGGCUCUCCAUGUGCUGUAGGAGGUGCAGUGCAGUUCUCCUCCUCCUCCUCAGCAGCAGCAGCCUCCAGGAGGAGGACCAAUGACCAGCAGCUGCAGGAGAUCAAGGAGGUGGUGGAAGAGGCCGAGCUGGCCCACACGAUGAUCCACAACCUGGCUCAGAGUUCUGGUUCCCCCAUAGUUACUAGUGCCAGGAGCGUUACAGGAAGCAGCAGCAUCACCUCUAACCCGCUGCUUAGGACUAAGAGCUCCCUGCAUGACAGCCGUGAGAGUCUGAAUUUGGGCGGUAACACUGAUGGGAAGGCACGCCCGUUAGGAUCGCCACGCCUCGGCAUCGCCAGUCUGACCAAAACCGCAGACUACAGGCCGCCGUCCUCCCCGUCCCAGCGGUGUAAAGUGUACACCCAGAAGGGCGUGAUGCCGGCGACGCCCCCUCUGUCCUCACACACUCUUGCUCAGGACGGACAGGCCACAGACGCUUUGACCUCAGACAACAGUCUGGCUGCAGACAGCGGCCGUUCCUCCACAGAGUCCCUGCUGUCCAGGACGUCUCCGGUGGGCAUGAGUCCACAAGUCCGAGAGCCAGCUCAGUCUCUGUCUGCCAGCCUGGGAUCAGCGGAGACGCUCUGUGACGACGACGUCCCACCGAUACCCCUGGACACGCACAGGGAUGCCUCGGGACCGGCAGCAUCUGUAGGAACAGCUGGACCUCUCUCGCUUGUGGAGGAUGAACUGGUGUACACCGUGGCUUCUGGAGGUGAGGAGGACCUCAUUGUUACAGCUCUCAUGGAGACUCAGGGCCUGACCUGUCGUCCAACGAGCAUCAUCAGCUUCAAAAGUGACUGUUGCUCUCAAGACGCCUGCGUCAUCAGUGCUGCUGAGGAUGGAUCUGUAGAGGAUUACCACAUGACUGCAGGUCCUGCAACAACCUCAGGGGUUACGGACGUUGCUGCAAUUGCAGAGGUGGCCAUGACCAAGCUGCGGAUAGAAGGUGAAGCCUUAGCCUCAGGGAUGUCUAACUGUGGUUCACCCAUCUCCUCCUGGAUGAGUGAUCUGAGCAUGGGCAGUGAAGCUGACCAGUCUCUCCACAGCUUCAGUCAGUCCCAGAGCCAGCAAGGUGAGGCCCUGGCUGAACCUGAACCCAACCAGAGCCUUUGUUACGAAAGCUGCGGCAGCCCAAGAAGAGGGAGUCUGGAAGGAGAAGUGGUGCUGUCGGAAAACGGGAGUGAUAAGGCGACUCCAACCAAAGACAGGCUGAGGAAGCUGCCUCCAUCAAUGGCUAAAACUAACAUCCAAAUUCUGGCAUUACCUGGUAGCCUCUCUCCCUUCAAGACCACCAUUAGUGUGCACCCAUGUGUGGCUGUCAAACCCAUGGUUAUAAAGGAACCAACCAUCCUCUCUUCACCCACCAAGUCCAGCUUAAUGAAAGACAUAUUUAAAGCACCACUUUUAGCUUCUAUGUCCAGCGAGAUGAGCUUUGAAGACCCCUGGUUGAAGCGUGGCAUGAAGGAGAGGGAGCUUGUGUGUGAAGUGAAGCCAGAGAAGAGGGACGUAGAGCAUUCAAAGUACCAGACUGGAGCUGCGAACGGAGACCACCGGAGCUUCUGCAGGGACGGUGGGGAUCAUGGCAGCUCUAGUUCAGGAGGUGAGGUUGCGUCGUCUCCAGAUUCCUUUAAGAGAGUGGUGGAUGGCUGCGAGAUGGUCGCUGUUGUUGCCCAGGGAGAAUGCCUGACUACUAUCUACAGCUCAGAUAUCCACCGUACUGCCAGUCUUCCCCGCGGUUGGCACCGUCUCAACCGCUACGACGGCUUGGACAAUGGAAUCGAGUACCGCAAUCUUGGCGUCACCACUUCAACCCCCUGCAGUCCCCGCUCCACACUUGACCGCCGGGGGUCAACUGGAAAACAGGGCUUUUUCUCCCACAGGAAGGGGGGAAUCCCACCUCUGCCGCCGAUACGGAAGUCCAGCCUCGACCAGCGGAACCGAGCAGUCAGCCCUCUCCACCAGCCCAGCCACGGAGCAUCAUUACUGGGCAGCUCAGCAGAUGAUGCUGGGAUCGCCAGACAACGAGGCUCCAGCAUAGACAGCAGCAGACUUUUCAGCGCCAAGUUGGAACAGCUUGCAAACAGAACCAACUCUCUGGGUCGGGUCCACGGCUCCCACGGUGGUUCCCACCACUACGACUGCUUCUCUCUGGAGAGAGGGGCGAGUCUGAGAGGGGGAGGAGGAGGAGGAGGAGGAGGAGGAGGAGUGAGGGGGGACAGCACCAUGCCUCGCACUGGGCGCAGUCUCACCCGUGCUGGAUCGGUAUCUUCUCCAACUGGAAACACCGGCAGCCCCAGUUUCAGUACCAGUCCCGUUCCGAGCAGCGCUCCACAGUCACCAGCCAAAACCAGCGGCCAGUCAAAGAUCUCAGCAGUCAGCAAGCUGCUGAUGACCAGCAGUCCCAAGGCCAGGAGUCUGUCUGCAUCCAGCACUAAAACUCUGAGCUUCUCCACCAAGUCUUUGAGCCAAGCAUCCAGCCGCAGCUCUAGCCUUCCUCCUAUUGGGAAGCCCCAGAGCUCAGUCCAGAGCCCUCCGCAGCAGCAGGCACCUUCAUCUGGAUCCUGGUCUACCCAGUCUUUGAGCCGCAGUCGAGGGGGAAGCCUGGCUGCCAAGCUGCCUCUCCGGGCUGUCAACGGUCGAAUCUCAGAGCUCCUCCAGGGAAGUGCAGGCACCCGUUCCAGGAGUCAUGCCCAGGGAGGUGGCACAGAUCCAGCAGAGGAAAGAGGAGUUGGAGGGGCAAGUGGAGGGGGAGCUGGAGCAGGAAGUGGUGGUAGUGGAGGUGGUAGUGGAGGUGGAGGUGGAGGUGGAGGUGGCGGGGGAGAGGAGAAGGCAACAGUGGUCCAAACGCUGCCCUCCCCCUACAGCAAGAUCACAGCUCCCAGAAAAGCACAUCGCUGCAGCAGCGGCCAUGCUAGUGACAACAGCAGCGUACUGAGCGGCGAGCUGCCCCCGGCCAUGGGGAAGACAGCCUUGUUUUACCACAGCGGAGGCAGCAGUGGCUAUGAGAGCAUGCUGAGAGACAGCAGCGAGAACACAGGAAGCACCUCCUCAGCUCAGGACUCCCUCAGUGAGCACAGCUCAGCCACCACCUCCUCCAGACGGAGCUCCAAGAGCAGCAAGAAGAGCCGGAGCAACACAGGCCUCCAGCGUCGCCGUCUGAUCCCAGCACUGACCUUGGACUCUUCCUCCUCCUCACCUUCUCACCGCUCCUCCAAACAGGCCAUCACUUCCUCUUCUUCCUCCUCCUCCAGCCCAGGUGCAUGCUGGGUAGAUGGCCCACUGGGGCCCCCAACUCCCUCAAACCUCCGGGGCGCGACCGCAACAACAGAAACCUUCGAGAUCAAGGUGUAUGAGAUAGACGACGUCGAGCGACUGCAGAAGAGGAGAGACAAAGUAGGGGGCAAGGAGGUUGUGUACGUCAGUGCCAAGCUCCGUCUGCUGGAACACCGUCAGCAGAGAAUCAGUGAGGUCAGAGCCAAGUACCAGUGUCUGAAGAAGGAGCUGGAACAAACCAAACAGUACCUGAUGCUGGAGCCGCACAAAUGGACCACCGAGUUUGAGCUACAGCAGGCCUACGAAGUGGACUCACUGGAGUAUCUGGAAGCUCUGGAGAUCGUGACAGACAAACUGGAGACCAGAGUCAACUUCUGCAAAGCUCACCUCAUGAUGAUCACCUGCUUCGACGUCUCCUCAAGACAUCGGUAGACGGAUGGAGGGAUGGAGAGCCGGGGAGCUGGAGGACGGAGAGGCAGACAUACAGCUGGACUCAAUUAGAUGUCAACAUUUGGACCCUUUACCCACCGAUUAAUAAAACACCUUUAGAAAAUAUCUCCUGAACAAAUACAUCUCGUUAGAUGACUGGAUAGUUGGAAGGAGGGAUACAGGGAUGGACAACGAUCUGCCUGUCUCCUCCAGAUGUAAGUAGGCAGAGGGACAGGUGGAUGGAGAGAUGGAGGGAUAAAAGUAAUGGAGAUAUAUAGAAUUAUUUAACAGGCCAACAGACAGAUGAGUCUGUUGAUUUUUUUUUAACAGCAUCUAAUGAACGGGCCACUUUGAAUUAGAUAUGGCAGACAGAUGGUUCUGAGACUGAAAAGAAAUAUCAAACAUAACCAAGUGAAGGUUUUCCAGAGAAGUGAAUAAUUAGACCGCUGAGACACAAACAAGGAUAAAGAAGAGUUGCAGCAAAGGAGAAGAACAAUUUCUCAUCUCCCGUCAUUUUAGAAGAGCACUUUUUAGAGUUUUACACAGUUGAGAGAGCCAUCGGCUGUAAAUACAGAGUGCUGACUACAGAAUGGCCUGGUAUUGUUGUGCAGUCAAUAAAAGAGACUGACCAAGAGAAAGACAGGAGGACAAAGAAAAAAAUUAUUUAGAUAAGUGCCUUGUGAACAUUUCAACAAUACCAAGACCAAUUCUCUUUCUCUCUGAAUUUGUGUACAUGCAGUCAGUAUGGUGCUAGCAUAGAAAAAAAAACUAAACACAAAAGAUCAGUGUCCUUGGAAAAUCUUUGAAUUUAUAGCCAUUUCUGAAUGUUUUACUGUGGGUCAAUGUUUCACUAUAUCAUAAACAAACUAAUACUGUAUGUUUGAAUGGUCUUUGGUACACUGAUGAGAGAUGAGACUAAAUUUAAACAAUUAAAGAAGACCUACAGAACAUGGAUGACCAAGUCCUCUUUAAAACAACAAAACUGUUGCAAGGACCAAAAAUCCAAUUUGAAAAAAAACACACAGAGUUAUGUGUGUUUAAACAAAGAAAAAAAAAAGCGCCAGUUUCUUGUGGUGUUGUUUUUGACUUUACCCACAAACAGAGCACAUCUGAAUUUUGACCCCCUGGGGCACACGUACCGCAUGUUCCCCCUGAUACAGAUGUGAUGGCUUUUUCAUGUUCACAAAGCAAUGAAGCGUCUGAACCACACAGGAGUGGAAAUGAAAAUGUUUUUUCUCUGAUCUAGUGUUAAGUACAUCCAUCGGUCGACUCGGCUGCCUGUCAGACUGACUGACGGGCAGAUUGUCUGUUAUUUGUAUCCGUGUUGUUCUGCUCUAUUCUAACUGAAUGAUUCGUCAAUGUGUGUGUUUUAUAUUAAGGUAUCCUUUUUCAUUUGAGUGCAAUGGGACCACGUAGAGACUAUGUGUGAUAGUAAGAGAAUGGAUUUUAAGGUUAAGAGAGAUAUUUAAGAGUAAAUUGUGAGGAAGACCAUUGAUAUAACGUGUGAAAAUGUCCUUUUUUAAGGCUUGUAUUGGAGCAAAGUAAUGAAUUUAGACUGGAAAUACUUACAUGGGACUACAAUUAUGGUUACAAAUGGGCUAUUUAACUUGCCCUUUUCUUACAAGGACACACAUUAUACAUUUUAAAAACAUAUAUAAAGGAAUGAAAGAGACCUAAAGAAAGAAACGGAUGAUGACCAAAUUAAGAGGCAUAGAUCUCUGCCUGGUUCCAUUUUUUUUGGACGGAUAGCAACACUUAAGAUUUGUUAAUAUUAUUAUCUAUGGUGCUUGAGAUGUUUAUGAUCUAAAUGUUUGUACAAAUAUAAAUAUAUGAGAGAGCCCGUUUCCCUCUGAAACACAGAACAAUACCCCUCGAAUGCUUCUUCUACAUCGCUGUCAUCACGCCCGUUGUUCACCACCACCACCCUCUCCCUCCGGAUGCCUUUUGCCCAGCAGGCAGAGAGCAUCAUGGGAGAUCCUGUUUGUUGUCUGAGAGGUAAAAGGAGGAAUAGACAUUAUGAUAUUGGUGUGAUUUGUCAAAAGCGUCGUAGUGCUAAAUUUAUCUCGAUCCUAAUAGAACAAACUCAGUAUUUGAUCUCUUCCACUGGACUGACACAGAAACUGGAAGUGACUUUAAAUGUCUUGAUCUUCUCGUGGCUGUAAAGACGUAACAGUCGUUCAUUUCAUGUGGUGUACACGUACUGUGACAGCCACCAGAUAAUCCAGUGGGAAAUUACCCCAGAAACUGAGAUGCUUUUGACAGACUGGACCUAUGAAGCGUUUUUCACAGUAGCCCUGCGACACCUCUGAACGCUUCCUGUUUUUAUCUCCCAGUUCGCCGUGCCAGUCAUGAAUGAAGGUUUAUUUAUUUGAGCUCAGGAGAGCAGAGUCGCUUAUUAUAUGUUCUUAUUUAUUUACACCUUAUGAUCUUAAAAGUUACUAUGCAUUUUAAGAAAAAAAAUAACUGUACAUACUUUGCUGAGCCCAUGUCAUAUAUAAAUAUAUAUACUGUACACAUAUCAUAUAUACGCUCAUUUUUAUUUUAUAUACUUUCUGUUGAUUUUGUUUGCUCCUGUUGUUCCUGUCGGAGAUUUUAAUGGGUUUUGGGUUUCCUAAAACAUUCACUUCCAGGGUAGUUAUGUGGCUCCGUACCAGAACUUAAAAAUUACGGCAAUUUUUUUUACAUUGUGAAGAAGAAAAUGUCUUUUAAGUGAAAUGCCGGUAUAUCUUACAGUACUGACUACAGUCUUGUGUAAUUAGUAGUGAAUGUUUUGGGAACCCCAAUCUCUGGAUUGGCUAAAUGGCCUGUACUUGUUUCCAGAUUUAAGAUGCUAUGUGUGAGGUUUCGUCCUUGAUGUGUCACUGCCAAAUCUACCCUGGUAACGCUUUAUAAUUCUAGCAAUAAUUGUGACAAACACCUGAGGUUUUAGUGGCCCCAUAUUGUUUAUAGCUAACUUAAUAGUGCAUGUAAAGGUGUCAGGAAUAAGGGUUCCUACUAAAAGGGAUGCACUAAUUCUCAGGUGCUUUAAAUAAAAUGAUUCACAAAAUGGUAUAUGUUAUAUCAGGUUGUAGCCAGGGAAAAAACAAACAAACAGAAAUUGACGUUAUGUGCUGAUGCGUGUUUUGCUGGAGCGUUCAAGAAUUAUAAUGUGUUAUCUGGGUGUCUGACACAUAGCAUCUUUAAGUUCUUAAGCAGUAUUGUAUGUUGAAGUCUGGGUCAGGUCACAUUUUUCAGAAACAAAUUUUAUCUGUAGCAGUCAAACCAUUUUAAUUCUGAUCAGUUGUAAGACAGUGAUUGAACUGAUUAAAACUAUUAAAUAGAAGAAUGAGAUAUUUCCUAAGAGUUACCCAGCGUUAUGACACAUGCUCAGUGAAAACCAGUGAAUGUGAAGAAGUGUGAGAUUUUCACUGAGUGUGUCGUUUCCAUGAUUCAAGACUGCGAUCAUAAUGUCCUCUGUAGAUUUACUGUUUCUGAGAACUGUGGUCUGACACAUUGUGUUGAUGGAAGAGCAAGAUGGAGGGAUGUAAAUAAAGAAAUGUAUUGAAAGAGU